AUGUCCCUGCCGCCUCGUUCCUUCUACGGCCUCUCUCGGCUCAUCCUGAGCAGCGGGCCCCUAGGGGCCCACCUGGCGCGGAGCCACCGCGUCAGCUACAUGGAGGUGGAGGUGCUGGACCAGCGGACAGGGAGGACCAUCCGCAUCCUAGACAAGGUGCAGCCAUCAUGGACUAUACUCGACCUCAAGAACAGGUUCCACAAAGCAUGUCCUGGCUGGUACCCAUCUCGUACAGGCCUUCGGACAGAGCCCAAUGGGCCACUCCUGAGGGACUCCUGCGAGCUGUGGACGUUGGGCUCCUCUUCGCUGCUGACGCUCUACACCACAGACCUGGGUCGCCAGGUGGGCUGGAGCACGGUGUUCCUUAGCCAGUACAUGGGACCUCUCGUCAUCUACCUGAUGUUCUACCUGCGCUUGUCCGCUGUAUACGAUGACAGUGUUAAACAGCGCAGACCCCUUGUAGUUCACUUGGCCUGCUUCUGCCACUCCUUGCACUAUGUCAAGCACCUGCUGGAGACGCUGUUUGUCCACAGACUGUCUGAGGGAUACACCCCUGUCCAGAACCUGCUCAAGGGCUGCGCCUUCUACUGGGGUUUCACUUUUUGGCUGGGCUACUACAUCAACCACCCGCUCUACACGCCCCCCUAUUUUGCAAACAAGCAAGUUAUUCCAUCGUUUUUCUGGUUCCUGUUCUGUGAAGCUGGCAAUUUCUUCAUCAACUUUGCUUUAGCCCAACAUAACCAGACAGGAAAGUCCUUGCUGUACCCAAAGGCCACCUACAACCCCUUCACCUGGCUGUUCCUGCUCGUCCACUAUCCACAGUAUACAUACGAGAUCGGAGCGUGGAUAAGUCUGGCCGUGAUGACCCAGACUAUACCAGUUGCAGUGUUUGCAGCAUUGGUAUCCAUCCAGAUGUUGCUGUGGGCCAGGAGGAGACACCGGAAGCACUACAGGCAGGCAGGCCACAGCAGCUCACUGAGGACUGCUGUGAUUCCUUUCCUGCUGUAGGCAAGCACGAAGGAUAUGCAGAGCAAUUGAAAAUGACCUUCACAUGCGCUGGAUGCCCACGUUGGUCCGGCUGUGAGUCAAAAGAGGCCACGGAUGAGUGAUCAUGGCUGAGAGGUGCAGGGCGAUGGGGACCCAGGGCAGAGACUCCUCUGAUAUAUCCACUUUUCCACCAUUACCUCAGCAGGAACAAAAACACUACAAUCCUCUAUAAAUCAUGUUUCGGUAAGAUUUUUCAGCGGUAGGGCGUUUUUAAAAGCUUCAGAUUUCUGCUUUACCUGUAUAUAUAAAAGGUUGCAUAACAGAAUUAUUAGUGACGACACCACAACAUACAACUGAUUGUAUUAUGUAUCGUCAGCGCAAUAACUUUUUCAAGUCUUCCAGUUGAAAAUAUUAGUUCAGCUUGUACUUAAUA